AUGCCUGGCUUCGACUUCUCCAACUACAACCGCAAUGCGGCUCUCCACGCUCGAGGUGUGCCUCUCCCCAAGGCCACCAGCACCGGAACAACUAUCGUGGGAUGUAUAUUCGAUGGUGGUGUUGUGAUUGCCGCCGAUACUCGAGCCACAUCCGGUCCCAUCGUUGCCGACAAGAACUGUGAGAAGCUUCACUACAUUUCCCCCCAGAUUUGGUGCGCUGGUGCCGGUACAGCCGCCGAUACUGAGUUCACCACCGCCCUCAUCUCUUCCCAGCUCGAGCUGCACUCCCUAUCCACAGGCCGCAAGCCCCGUGUCGUCACCUGCAUGACCCUCCUGAAGCAACACCUUUUCCGCUACCAGGGUCACAUCGGUGCCUACCUUGUCGUUGCUGGUGUCGACCCUACUGGCACUCACCUCUUCACCGUCCAUGCUCACGGUAGCACGGACAAGCUUCCUUAUGUCACUAUGGGAAGUGGCAGCUUGGCAGCCAUGAGUGUGUUCGAGACGCAGUGGAAGCCUGACCUCAAUCAGGAGGAGGCUGUCAAACUGGCCAGCGAUGCGAUCUUGGCUGGUGUAUGGAACGAUUUGGGCUCCGGUUCCAACGUCGACGUCGCUAUCAUCACCGGCGACAAGACAACACUUAAGAGAAACUACAUUACGCCUAACCAGAAGGAGCCUAAGCUUCAGAGUUACCGAUUCCCCAAGGGCACGACAGCAGUACUGAACGAGAAAAUUAUCAAGAAGGAGGAGAUCAAGCGAUACAUUACCGUGGAAGACGUGCCUGUCCCGGAAAAGAUGGAUGUUGACACUUAG